AUGGCCCCCAGCGACGAACAAGUAGCAGACAUCGAGAAAGGCCCUGCCUCUGAUGUCGACAACUCUCGUCUCGACUCUUCCACGAAGAAGGAGCAGAGGGAGGUACACGACCCAGCAAUUGACAUCGACGAGCUUAUUCCGUCCGACAACAUCGUGAUACAAUGGACCAAACGAGUCGAACAUUUCCUUGCCCUUGAAGUCCGUGGCAUCCACCGUGUCAAGUCGAACGAGCAGAGCCCCAAGGCAACGCUCAGCUUCUUGCAGAUUGUCGUGCUGUGGUUCUCGAUCAACACUGCUUCGCAGAAUAUCACUCUUGCGAGUAUUGGGCAGGGCGUAUAUGGGCUGGGAUUCGUGGAUGCCACAUUGACAAGCAUAUUUGGGGCCAUCGUUGGGAGUAUUCCGGUUGCAUACACGGCUGGCUGGGGGCCAUGGAGUGGGAAUAGGACAAUGAUCUGUGCCCGCUUCUCAAUGGGAUGGUGGCCAGUGAAGAUCUGCGUUCUCCUGAAUCUAGUCGUCCUGAUUGGAUACUCUAUGAUAGAUGCUGUUGUAGCUGGCCAAAUCCUCUCGGCAGUAUCUCCCAAUGGCAGUCUCACUGUGGAGGUGGGUAUUGUGAUCACCGCAGUUGUGACCUGGCUGGUAACUACCUUUGGUAUCAAGAUAUUUCAUCAUUAUGAAAGAUAUGCCUGGAUCCCUCAAAGCAUAGUCCUGCUUAUUCUAGCAGGAACUGCUGGACCCAAAUUUGAUAUAUACUCGAAGUCUACAGUUACUGGUGCAACACUGACUGGCAAUCGUCUCACUUUCUUCUCCAUUUGCCUCUCUUCCGCUGUAACAUAUGCUCCAGGAGCAGCCGAUUUCCUCGUAUAUUGUGAUCCGAAGAUUGCUUCACGCUGGAAGGUGUUUGGCGCUACUUUUACUGGCCUCACCUUGUCAUUCGUCUUCACCUUCGUUCUUGGUACGGGUUUAGCCUCUGGACUUCACAACGACACUGUCUGGAAUGCCGCUGGGACCGGCACAGGAGCAUUGGUUGUCGCAGGGUAUGAUAGCCUGGGCGCUUUUGGAAAAUUCUGCUCCGUCAUUGCUGCUUUGGGAUUGAUCGCGAAUAUGGUCCCUCCAACCUAUUCGUCUGGCAUCGACUUCCAGAUUCUGGGACGAUAUCCAGCAAUGGUUCCACGCUAUUUGUGGAAUACGCUUGCUGUGAUCAUUUUUGCUGUCUGUGCUCUCGCUGGAAGGAAUAGUCUCUCAGAGAUAUUUACGAACUUUUUGGCUUUGAUGGGCUAUUGGGUUGUUCUUUGGAUUGCUAUCACUCUCGAAGAGGAAUUUAUAUUCCGCCGAAAGAUGAAGCCUACUUUUGUCUGGAGUGAUUGGAACAGGCAAGAGAAAUUGCCUAUUGGGAUUGCGGCUGUGAUGGCAUUCUGUGUUGGCUGGGUGGGGGCGGUCCUCUGUAUGGCUCAGUACUACUUCACAGGCCCUAUCGCGAAACCGAUUGGAGACUACGGUGGCGAUAUGGGCAACUAUGUUGGGUUUGCUUUUGCUUCCUUGAUUUAUCCGCCCUUGAGAUAUUGGGAGCUGAAAAAAUUUGGCCGGUAG